AUGGAAAGCCGAGGAUCUGUAACAGCUCGCGAAAGCUUCCCUAGUGUUUCUUUAGAGUAUCAAAAGCUUUUGACAUCGAAUGAGUACUCUGUACGCGUUUGGGACGUAAACGAGCCAUUUGCAUUUCCCUUCAAAAGAUCGAGACUGUUUCCACCAAGACAUGGCCAGACCUACUAUCCAGGAAUGUGGAGAAGUCAAACUCAGUUUGAUAAAUUUGCCAGGAUGAGUAUGUUCAGCGAAGGUCUAUCACGCCAAUCGCCACUCUUUUCACCAAAACAGCAACGUUGGCAAUCUGUGGAUGUAAAAUACCCAUACUUAACAUCGCCGUUCGUUUCGACUGCAGGCCAAAUAUCCCUUUAUUCUAAAAAUGUAACUGCUCCUGCCUCUAAACUUGAUAAAAAAGAGGAUUCAUCAGGAAGCCCGAGCUCAUCUGCACAAGAGCCACCACCUAUUAACAAUGGGACUGAAAACAUUUCAACAGAAAAGAGUGUAUUUUUGAACAACGGGAUGGAAGAGAAGAAAAUGGAACUAUACACUGGUAAAACUACACGGCAAGACGAAGAAGGGGUACAAUCCGAAGAUAAGUUCAGCUUAGCUAUGAAAGAAGAAGGUUACUGGAAACGGAGAAGGAAGAACAACCUUUCAGCAAAGAGGUCACGUGACGCGCGACGAUUGAGAGAGCAGCAGACGCAGAAAAGGGCGACUUUCUUUGAGGAGGAAAAUCUGCGUAUCCGAGCAAAGAUAAACGCCUUGGAGAAUGAGAAUCAUCGUCUGAGGAGGCUAAUCAGUAACCAAGUGUGAUGCUUUCACCAAGUGCGAACUUCUUGAGUACCAAACAUUGCUUUAAGCCAUCGGAACAUUUUUUGAAAACUUCUAAAACUUGCCUUAGGCGACUUUCUUUGAGGAGGAAAAUCUGCGUAUCCGAGCGAAGAUAAACGCUUUGGAGGAUGAGAAUCAUCGUCUGAGGAGGCUAAUCAGU